AUGCCAGAGAAAAGCACGACAGACUUCGUCGAAGACACAGCGCCCGCUGGACAGAAGAGCAAGGCCCAGAUCCUGACCGAUGUCUACUCUCUCGCAUCCCAGUUCAGCACUUGCGUAGAGGCUUUCAAUCUCAUCCAUCCUUCGAAAGACCACGAUCAUGCGCAAAAGGUUGCGCUGGCAAAGCUUGGCCUCCAGCAGGGCCGAUUGCUCAUCUUUGGCGAUGCCGUAGGCAUAUCUGCACCACCUGCAACGAUUGCACGGCACAUGAUUCCUAGCCAUCCUGGCAUCACGAACCCGGACCCGCACCUACCCGUGAACUUUGGAGUCAGGGACCCUAGGCUCGAUGAAGAGGUGAUCAAUGCGAAGAUUAGAAGGGCACUUCAUGAGAUUGCCGGCCGUCCGGCAAAUACGUCACGGGACGAGCUCAUGAACGUGUAUGGCCUGAAGAGCCCGAAGAGCUUCACAAGAAUUGAGUAUCCAGCUCUUGACACCAACCGGCUAGAAGGAUUCCGCGAGAAAUAUGCACUUUUGAAGGAUCUUCUCAACCAAACAGGCGCACGGUCGAGCCUAAAACGCAAUCCAAGCAUGACAACAUCUCAUUGGACCGUCAAGGACACGACACGAUUUGCCCAGUACGUCAAAGUCGUGCGCACAGAAGUUGAUGCUCUCAUCGAUCUCAUGGGCGUCAAAGAGCAGGUCGAUCGUGGGAUUCGAUCUGACCUCAGGAGCAUGGGCUGGCAUCCUGAUCUCACAGGUCCAGCAGUACGACAGGAUUGGGAGAAACUGCGCCUCAUCCGCGAAGCAUGUGAAGUUGACUACCCAGAGUACAUUGAAGUUAUCGACAAAGCACUGCAGUACAUCAGCGAGGAACUCAAAGAAAGCAGCCUUGCCAAGCACCGGGCAGACUUGGGUCUUUCCAAAGCAGACACCAGCGCGGCAGGAGCGCGCCGCAAAUCCGACUAUGACAUACGCUCCGCUCCUGCACCAAAACCAGCCCCAGCGCUCAGAUCAACAAAGCCCGAGCCAAAAAGUCAUAUUCAAUUAGCUGCCGAGCGCGCUUUGAACUCGAAUGCUGGCAAAGAAAAACGUCCAGGCUGGCUGUCAGCCUUUAAAUUCAAAUCCUGGUCCAAGAACACCAAACAAGCACCCGGCAAAGAGCAACGCUCAAAUAGCGUCCCCGAAGUACCUACAGACCCAUCACAAUCCUUGUCAGUAGAUGAGGUACUAGGCCACAUGUCCGAGGACGGCUCCAAUACCCUCGAGACUGUGCGCUCCAAGUCCCUCAGCGCAAUUCCACAAUCCCCACCGGCAUCUCUGGAGUCCCGGGUCCGUAAAAUGUCGUUCGAUCAACCAGAUAUGACGGGAAUACCGCCAAUUGAGGAAAAUGGCGGCGAGGUACAGAGUUUCCCGGACAGAGAGCCACCAAGCGAGACGGAUAAGAAUGCGUUGGUCAUGGUUGCUACAGCCGACAGCGAGGGCGAAAGGGAAAAAUUGGCACCUGCUACGACGGUCAAAAGUCACAUCGAUCGACAUGACAUGUAUCCCGGCAUGGGAAGGAUUGAGACGAAGGAUAUCAGGGAUGUAGCGCAUAUGCCCGGGCAGUAG